AUGAAACGCAAUACAGAGGUUCCUUUCGCAAAAUUACAUGCAGAUAUAGUAGGCCCAUAUAGAUCUUCUAAUGGAGAGUCUCUGAUGUAUGUUGUAACCAUCAUAGAUAGUGCAACAGGAUAUGCAGUGGUUAAACCUACAAAACACUGUCCAACCAGUAAUGAUAUUGUAGAGACAUUCCAAUAUCUUACUGAGGUGUUUUGCACUUCACCGUUAGUAGUGCACACUGAUAAUGGAUCGGUGUUUAUCUCGGAUAGGUUUUCGAAAUACUUGAGGUCAAUUAAAGCGAUUCAUGAGCGGUCAGCAGUGUUCGCUAGUUGGUCCAAUGGUAAAGUAGAAAGACUACACCGUGACAUCAACGCUUAUAUACGGUGCGCUAAUAGAAGUGUUAAUUUGACGUACAACACAUUUAGAGAAUUGGUCAAGACAGCAGUCGUACAGCAUAAUACGAUCCCAAGGAGGAAUGGGAUAAGUCCACAUAAUAAGGUCUUCCGAUUCAAACCUGAGUUAGAGCUGUUAAAGCCGAUUGAGUUACGAGCAGGUUAUGAAGACUUACUAGGGUCAGACAACAAUCCGAAUGACCUGCCUGAGACGCUCACCAAAGAUACUGAAGUCUUAUGCAGAAAGCAUGUUCAAGGGCAAAAAUACGAACCUGUAUGGGAGAAAGUAGUUGUACUCCGUCGAGUGGCGUUGAAUAUGUACGAAGUUGCUGCAAAAGACAAAAAAGGUCAAUGGUAUGCGAGGAUAGAGCAUACUAAGAACCUCAAACGUCUAUCACCGCCAGCUGAACAAUGUGAACCACGUAGUGAUGAUGAACAACACAAUGACCACAAACAAGACCAAAUUACUUCUGAUAACCCGGAGACUGUAUCACAGGUUCGCGUGCAACAGCAUGUGCAAGAACAGCACGAUCCG